UUUUUUUUUUUUUUUAUAAAGGACACAUCCAGUUGAAUAAUGGCUUUGAUGAAGGUCAAGUUUGAUCUGAAAAAGCGAGUGAAGCUCGCCCAAAGCGUAUGGUUCUUGUUCUGGUUUGCCGUCAUGGCCGGCGUGCUGGUCUUCAGUAUGGGCCUGUUCUUCAAGAUCGAGCUGCGGAAGCGCUCGGAGCUGAUGGACAACAACGAGAGCCACUUCCUGCCCAACCUUCUCAUCCUGAUGGGGCUGGUGGCGUGCUGCAUCAACGCCUUUGGCGGAAAGGUCUGCUACGACUCGUUGGACCCCAGCAAGUUCGUCAAGUGGAAGCCCAUGCUCAAGACCUUCCUGGUGGUGUGCGUGGUCUUCAACGCCCUUCUGGUGGUCACGGCUCUGCUGUGCUUCAUCAUGCGCAUCCCGCUGCAGUUCACGCUGGCUGAGGGCCUGCGCAACGGCAUGCGCUACUACAAGGACACGGACACGCCGGGACGCUGCUACAUGAAGCGGACGCUGGACCUGAUGCAGAUGGAGUUCCGCUGCUGCGGCAACGACAACUUCCGGGACUGGUUCGAGAUACAGUGGGUCAGCAACCGCUACCUAGACUUCAGGGCCAAGGAGGUCAGAGACCGCAUCGGGAGCAAUGUGGAUGGCCAGUACUUGAUGGACGGCGUGCCCUUCAGCUGCUGCAACCCAAGUUCGCCACGGCCGUGCAUCCAGCAGCAGAUGACCAACAACUCGGCGCACUACAGCUAUGACCACUACACCGAGGACCUCAACGUGUGGAAGAGCGGCUGCCGCGACGCUUUGCUCUACUACUAUGGCGGCAUGAUGACCACUAUCGGCGCCCUGGUGCUGCUGGUCACCUUGCUAGAGGUUGCCGUGACGGUGGGCCUGCAGUACGUCCACAGCUCCCUGUCCACCCUGGCCAACCCCGAAGACCCUGAGAGCGAAAGCGAAGGCUGGCUCCUGGAGAAGACGGUCAAGGAGACGUUUACCGACAUCAUGGCCAAAAUGAAGGCCAUGGGCAAAGGCGGCAAAGUGGAGGAGGGGGGCGAGGAGGGCGGCGUAGCCACCGUGAGCUGAGCGACCUAUCGACUCCCCUCACGCCCUGCCAAAACUGACACCGCUACCACCCCCAAACGGGAUUAAAGAGACGUGUGAGAUGAUUGAUUGAUUUUUUUUUUUUUUUAUUGGCUCCUUGAACGAAAUCUCCUGUGCGUGUGUAGUAAAUACAGAGGCGUAGUUAACCAAGACAAUGAUGAAACGUAAGAGUCCACACCAUUAGGUACACCUGCAAAUAAGAUCCAAUCAAAGAGAUUUGGAUGGGGAUGGUGGUUACUAUGCAACCCCCCUAUCACAGCAACCCGAGGUAUUCACAGGACAAUUGAAGAGAAAAUCUAUUUAUUUUUGUUCAUAGGAAUAAUAUAUUGUGAAUGAAUUUGGCAGCUAAAUAUUUUGCCCCCCCCCCGAAAGCCCCUCACAUCCUUUGUCAGACGAUCAUUCAGUCUCUGUAUAUUUAACAACGGGGUGGCGGUCUUUGUACAUAGUGUAGAAAUACUGAUGAUUUAAACUUUUUUUUAAAAAAAAAAAUAUACACUAUAUAUCAUGUAAUCUGUCUAUGUAAAUGCAUGUAUAUGGGCUGUGUGUCUAGAAAACAGGAAAGACCAAUAAAAUCACUUCAGAGUUUGUGUGAGAAAA